AUGAAAUCAGGAAAAUGGUAUUAUUACGCGGGCGAGCUAUCGGUCAGUCCCCCCGCUCUCCCGGGGCGGCGGCUGCAUGUGUUCGGUGGUGGAGCGGGGUACGUGGAGGUGGUGGGGGCGGUGAACCCGGGUCGCAAGGCGUCCCUCAGCGGGAUCCGGGAGGGCGACGUCAUCUCGUCCAUCAACGGGCGGCCGACCAAAGCCAUGACCAACGCCGACGCCCACGCCAUGCUGCGGUCGGCUGGCCCGGUGCUGCGGCUCGGCUUGAACGAGAACAGGGAGACGUCGCCGCGAAGAAGAUCAAUAGGCAAGAGCAGCGAGUUGAAAAGGCCGUCACAGUUGAUUGCAGAGGUGCAGGGCGGUAGAGCGACUCCGCAGGCUCCAGUCUACGCCACAAUAAGGCCUUCACAGCUGCCUCAGAAUCGGCCAUCUUCGCUCUCUGCACAGUCUUCCCUCAAUUCGCUGCCAACUGCGCUCUCUUCCACGCCGCUCGUGAAAUCUGUCACGACCAGCGAGGAGCCAUUACGGUUCCAUCCGACGAACCCUUUUUAUACAACUUUACCGAAUUAUUCAAGUGCUUCCAAACUUCCAGUACCAAAUGCCAGAGCGUCCAGUAUAGAUAGAAGUAAAUCCAAAGAAAACACAUCUUCACUUCACGAUCAGAGCUCAGAUUUAAAAUCGCCUUCAUUUUUCAACAAAAUCUACGACUCUGGCCCCAGUAGUCUUCCUCAAUCUAACUUUAAGGAAACUGAAUUCAGUAAUAGUUAUGUCGAUUUAAAAAGUGAGAAUGAUAAAAGUGAUCACAAUUAUUACGAUAGUAAGUUCAGUUCUUAUUUACAAAGUGAAAUCAAUGGUACUGGUAGAAAUCCCUUUGAUACUAAAAGAAACAGUGACCCCUUCGAAAAAUACCUAAGGCCAGAAAACAAGAUGAAUGGAAAGUGUGAAACUAGUACGAUGGUGAAUUCUCAUAGUGAUAAUAAUUUUAGUAAGCAUGAGGAAAUUAAACGCUCCACAAUAAUAGAACAUCAGGUGAAUGAGGUUGAAGAAGUGAAAACAAUAAAGAAAAUCAUUCUGAACGGCUCUGGAGAUGCUACCAAAGAUAAUAACCACCAUCAUUCAAAUUUUGAUACUUCUGGCUUAAAUGGAACCAGAGAAAUGGAUUCACGGGCAUCUGAGCACCAGGAAAAGUUGAGAAAAGAAAGAGUCUUCAAUAUACCUAUACAUCAGGAGACUGCUUAUUUUGAUAAACCGAACCAAAAAUCAAAACGCGACGAACGAAACCACAGUAAUCUACAUCCAUCGACGCCAGAAGACUUCAGCAGAACUCCCACAGCGGAAGCGUCGCCGAGCGAUGCGCUGACCGGCAAGCCGCCUCCGAGGUCGCCGUCGCACGCGCCGCCCAGCCCGCACAAACUUUAUUUUCGGCCCUUCCUGUCUCGACGAACGACGUGCGAAUUUAAGGGCUCCUCUGAAAUACGCUCGUCAAGCACUUUAUUAUUUCUACGAUACCCUCGCCCCACCGAUGCCUGUCGCCUGCACCCCAUAAAACAACAUUAA